CGAAUCGUAUCAUGAAAUCUUCCACAAUCCCCAAAUUGCCCUUCCUUCUCAUUCACUCUCUUCUUCCGCAAGCUUCCUGCAAAAUUUCAAAAUCUCCCGCUCCAAUUUCUUUUUGGAUUUACGAACUUCUCUUUAAUCUUCCUUCCCCUCCCUCUCGCUUAUAUAUAAUCUCAUCCAUUAGUAGUCCAAUCCACCCAUCAAUUUUCCCAAUCAUCUCUUUCAAUCCUUCCAUCAAACAUUUGUAACCAUGCCUGCAAUUUCAGAGGAGCCGUUGCUCGCCCCUAACCCCGAUAGAUUCUGUAUGUUCCCCAUUCAAUAUCCUCAGAUUUGGGAAAUGUAUAAGAAAGCCGUCGCCUCCUUCUGGACCGCCGAGGAGGUUGAUCUUUCUCAGGAUCUUCGCCAUUGGGAAGCUCUCACCGCCGAUGAGAAGCAUUUCAUCAAACAUGUUCUGGCCUUCUUUGCCGCUUCCGAUGGCAUUGUUCUGGAGAAUCUCGCCGGCCGGUUCAUGAAGGAGGUUCAGGUCGCGGAGGCGAGAGCGUUCUACGGCUUCCAAAUAGCAAUUGAGAAUAUUCACUCCGAGAUGUACAGUUUGUUGCUCGAAACCUACAUCAAGGACUCUGUCGAGAAGAACAGGUUGUUCCAUGCCAUGGAGACUGUACCUUGCAUCACGAAGAAGGCCGAGUGGGCGCUCAAUUGGAUCGACGGAUCCAAGUCCUUUGCAGAGCGGUUGAUAGCAUUCGCCUGCGUGGAAGGCAUCUUCUUCUCCGGAAGUUUCUGCGCUAUAUUCUGGUUGAAGAAACGCGGGCUGAUGCCUGGAUUGACAUUUUCGAACGAAUUGAUAUCUCGAGACGAAGGCCUGCACUGCGAUUUCGCGUGCUUGUUAUACUCGCUGAUGAGGAAGAAGCUGAGCGAGGAGAAAGUGCAGGGGAUCGUCCGGGAGGCAGUGGAUAUUGAGAGGGAAUUCGUUUGUGAGGCAUUGCCGUGCGCGCUGGUGGGGAUGAAUGGCGAUCUGAUGAGUGAAUACAUCGAGUUCGUGGCAGAUCGGCUGCUGGUAGCCCUAGGGCACAGCAAGAUUUACAAUGUGCAGAACCCGUUCGAUUGGAUGGAACUGAUAUCGCUGCAGGGGAAAACAAACUUCUUCGAGAAGAGGGUGGGAGAUUAUCAGAAGGCAUCUGUGAUGUCGAGCUUGGAUGGGAUCGGAGGGAUACAUGAGUUCAAGAUGGAUGAGGAUUUUUAGAAGAUACGAUACCCUUCUCUCUAUAACACCCACUCUGUAUUUAUUUCUUACUUCUGUUUCUGCAAAUUUCAUGUUUGAUAAUGAUAGUGCCUGUCGUUUCUUCAUUCCUAAGAAGCUUGCACCUUUAGGGAAUCAUGUAUUUUAAAUUAUUCACAAGAAAUAGAAGCACUUUAGCAUUUCAUUACU